UCAGGAGCAUGCGCAUAAGAGAUAUGCGCGCCGGACAGUGAAAGGUGACGCUUUUGCGAUCGCGCUAAUCGAUUCGUUUGUUCUUGGAUUAAAAAGAAGCUGUUUAGCUAUGCAAUAUUUUGUAGAAAUUGUCAAAAUUUAUUCCUAAAGUGGUUAUCCAGUUUAUACAUAAACAGCACCGGCCUCGUGGUGCUCCUUUAGUUGUUAGUUUGGAUUAGUACCACGAGGGAGUACAUCCGCCGAACGUACUAACCGCUCGGCGAUUCUCGGAAAGUCAAACAGUUAGUAGACAAGAUACAUCGAAAUUUACUUCACAUACAAAUAUCUCAACUUUUCAACAGGGUGCUGGACACUAAUAGCCGAAACGAUUAAAGGUGAGUCAACAAAUGCUCUCGAUUUUGAAAUAGACUUCGUAAAAAAAUAAACCAGUCAGUAUUAGUUGAGAAAAAAUUGAAAAUGACAGACACGAGUCAACAAGAGCUCUCUGAGCCUCAUACAAAUGGAGUCGUCGAUGGCUUAACAGAAGAGGAAAAAAGUAAAAUGAGACCCGCCGAUAUUGACGCAGAUAUGAGAGAAAUGGAAAGGAGAAAGAGAGUUGAAAUGAUGAUGAAUUCGAGACUCUUCCGAGAAGAAUUGGAACGCAUUAUUGAAACACAAAUGAAAGAUGGUUCAGGACCUUCUGGACUUUUACAACAAAUAUCAGAAAUGAUGGGCCCUCAAGGUGCUCGGUUCAAUGCUAAUGUAUUUAAAAAUUCAAAUUGUGUCGUGCCUAUCAACGAUAUUCGUGGUGUUGAGAGUAUGGGUUAUGCGAAAGGUGAAAAAUUGUUGCGAUGUAAACUCGCAUCAGUUUUUAGAUUACUAGAUUUGUACGGUUGGACUCAAGGAGUUGGUGGACGAAUAACCGCUCGCUUAAAUCAGGACCAAGAACACUUUUUGGUUAAUCCAUAUGGUUUACUCUAUCACGAAGUCACUGCUUCCAGUUUAGUUAAAGUGGACAUGCAGGGAACGGUUGUUGAGCAAGGAACGACGAACUUUGGUGUUCAUAUCGCAGGAUUCCAAUUACACACGACAAUACACGCUGCGAGACCAGAUAUCAAAUGUAUCGUUCACAUCUCCACUCCGUCCGUUACAGCUAUAUCGUCAAUGAAAUGUGGUCUUCUUCCUCUUGGCCAAGAGAGUAUAGUAAUAGGUGAAGUUAGUAAUCAUCAGUAUAUUGGCGGUACCUUUGAACCAGAGGAAAGGGAAAAAAUAACAAGGAAUUUAGGUCCAAUCAAUAAAGUAAUGCUUCUAACAAAUCGAGGUGCUUUAUGUUGUGGCGAGACAGUUGAGGAGGCAUUUUUUAAUGUUUACAAUACUGUGUUGGCUUGUGAAACACAAUUGAAAUUAUUGCCAGCUGGUCUCGAUAACAUGAACCUAAUUUCUGAGGAAUCAAAAAAAGCAAUUUUUGAAGCUUCCAGAAAACCACCUGUUCCUCAACAGGCAUCAAUUGCAGAACCAUCGCCAUUGGCGGAGAAACUUGAAAAACGAUGGAGAAUCGGUGGCACUGAAUUUGAGGCACUUAUGAGAAUGCUCGACAAUGCCGGAUUCCGCACAGGUUACAUUUACAGAAAUCCACUCGUUAAGAGCGAACCUCCAAGACCACGAAAUGACGUCGAGGUACCUCCAGCUGUCUCUUCUCUUGGCUAUCUCUUGGAAGAGGAAGAACUCUACAAACAGGGACUGUGGAAAGGUGGACGCAAAGGAACUGACAGAACUCGUUGGCUCAAUUCACCAAACGUUUAUCAGAAGGUUGAAAUUUUGGAAACAGGAACUCCAGAUCCGAAAAAAAUCACUAAGUGGGUGGAUCAAAACGCUGAGGAGUGGGUGACAGACGGAUCACCAACGCAUAGCAGUACUCCAGUCAAGAUUGAGAGUGCCCUUCAGUUUGUGCCCAAGAAUACCAAUCCAAAGGAAUUCAAGCAGCUUCAACAACAGAUAAAAGAUUAUCGAAGGGCAGAUAAAAUAUCAGCUGGACCACAGUCUCACAUUUUGGAAGGUGUUACAUGGGAGGAAGCUAAAAAAAUGCAGGAUGCUACUAUCAGUGGAACUGGAGAACAAGUCGUUUUGGUAGGUGCAGCCAGCAAAGGCAUUAUCCAAAGAGGAUUCCAACAUAAUGCAAUGGUUUACAAGACACCUUAUGCCAAAAAUCCAUUUGACGCAGUUACGGAUCAAGAACUUGAUCAAUAUAAAAAAGAUGUUGAACGAAAACAAAAAGGUGAUCCUUAUGAUGAAUCGCAAUCAGAAUCGGAAGCCUUAUCAUCAUUUAACAUUAGUCGAGCAACGCACGAAUCCAGUACUGCCAAAAGUCCAAUCCAAUCGCCAGUCUCAGUUACUUCCGAAACAGAAGAAGAAAGCAGAGAUGAACCCAGAGUAUUACGGAUAGCGACAAAACAAGUGCCUGUGCCAAGUCAACCGGAAGUCGUCUUAAGUGAUGUGGAUGCUACUACUGAAUUCCUUAAUGAGAUGCGGCGUUCGACGAUUGAAUCACGAAACAAUGUCAACAAACGAGAUAACGAACCGUCGAGUACCUGCAGCAGUGAAAUUGAAGGUUUAUCUUACUCAAGCUGGCAAUCCUCGGAAUCCGUCGACAAUCCACGUUUAGAAGUUACGAAAACUACAAGAGUCGCGGAAAUCAUGAAACCCAUUCUGAUGAAAAUUGACUCGUCAGCUUUAUCUUUUAAAUUAGAAAAUAAUAACGUUGUAAACGUUAAAAAAUCGCGUCCUUUUCAUAAUUCGAGACAAAAUAAUAUUUUAAAACGUGAAUUUUUCGAAAAUUAUGAAAAGCGGUUAAAGAAAAAUAAUUUAUUUGUUAAUAAUUCGGGCGCGACAAUUUUUAAGACUGAUGAUAAUGAUAAUAAAUUAUCAAAAAAUAAUAACGGCAGUGUAGAUAAAAAUGGAACUGAAAAUAUUGAUAAUAGAAAUAAUACGAAAAAAUAUUUAACCAAAAAAGUUAAUCCAAAGAUUAUUAAAGAUUAUAAGGAUUCACGAGAUGAAAAUAGUAUAUUUAUUGAUGUUACGACUAAAAUGGAAUAUUCUUUAAAGAAUAAUGAAGAACAGUUGGAAAAUGAUGGUACAAAAUUAAAGGAAAUAGGAAAUAUUUCAAAGACACUUGGAAAUAAAUUUAAAAAACGAUGCGUCAGAAAAUUGAAUAUUCCAUCGAAAAUUGUCAAUACUUUAGUUGAUAAUAAUUUAAAAAAUAGCGUUAUUAAAACACAUUUUCAUCCUUUGAUUCGUUGCAGUGAUGUAAUUAGCUCUACAGAUAGUGAUUCUAUUAGUAUUACAAAAUCGGAUGUCAAGAAUGAAGAAAUAAUCACAGUCAAUUGUAAUAUUGAUCAUUGUCAAGAGAUCAAUUUUACUCAACAUCUUAAUAUUGAUUUAGAAGAAGACAUUGAAAGUGAUUUGGAUAGUGAUCCUCUUUCACCUGAAACACUUAGUGAACCAUUACAAGCACCAUGCUUAGUUCAAAAAGUUUUGGAUUCAAAUUUUCAAAUUAAACUGAGCAGUAAUUUUUCAAAUGAAAUAGAUUCAAAGCAAGAAAACAUCAAAUUUAAUGGAACCGAACAAAUAUUUGUUAAUGAAGAUCAUUCGAAUCAGGGACAAAAUGUUAACGAAACCAAAAAUGCAAGAAAUAAAUCCCUCGAUGAUAAUUUCACAUCGAACGAGAAUGAGACUGAUUUUUCAAAUAAAAACAUAAAAGGAGAAAUUGAAGACAUGAAAGAAAAAGAAUUUUUUGUUAAUGUGGAAAUUUCUCCAGAUGUUCAAAUUAUUGAUGAAAAUUUCGAUAGUAACGAAAUAGAAAGUGAGAUUAAAGAAAAAAAAUCUAUUGAAAUUUCUGAGGAUGUAAAAGAAUCAAUUAAUUGUGAAAAUAAUGAAAUUACUCCUAUAGAAGAAUGUGAAACAAACGAACAAACAAUGACAAAUGAAUUUAACAAUGAAGAAUAUAAAUCUGAUCAUGAUUCAUCAGUAAUUGAUGAAAAGGAAAGUACAUCAGAUAAUAAUUUAAAUGAAAGUUUCCAUUCAAAAAUAUCUAUAAAAGAAAGUUCUUUUGAGAUAAAUAGAAAUAAACAGGAUGAAUUGCAAAUUUCAUCAAAUGAUAAUAAGGAUAUUGUGAUAGAAGAACUGUUUUUAUAUUUCAAUGAAAUAUUAGCUACCGAAUAUGAAUCUUUUAAAAAUGAAGCAAUUUCAUCUUGUGAAGACGAAGAACUCAAAAGAAAAAACAGUUCAAAAGAAAGUGAAUCUUCAUUUAAUGUCAACAAUACUUUCGAAAAUAAAAAUAUCAUUUCAACUGAAGAGGAUAAUCUAGAUCAUGAAAUUUCAACUCCUCAAGAAGAAAAUAUAAAAUUAAAUAUUCUGAGGAAUUUAAAUUUAGAUGAUUUAAAAGAAAUUAAGAAAAAAGAAGAAAUCGAUGAUAAUAAAUUAAAAAGAGAUGAAAUUUCAAAGUCCAAAAUCACUUCACAGGAUCAGCUUGAUAUAAAAUAUGAAGAUUUUGUCAAAGAAAUAUCUUCAUCAUCAUCAGAAGGAGAGAAUAAUUCUUUUGAUGACAAAGAAGAGGAGAGUUUUUAUUUAAAAGAAUUAUUUUCCCUACACGAGAUUAAAAUUCAAACAGAAGAAGAUCCAUUUGAUGAAAUUUUUAAUGUUGACUAUGAAAAUAUAGAAGAUAUCGAAGGAUUUCCCACACAAAAAUUAGAAACCCCAACAAAUGUGGAAAAUAUUGAAGCUAUUAUAGACGAAAUAUUUUCAUUGAAACAUUCAGAUUUAGAAGUUGAUAAAUUAUUAUCAAAAGUUUACAAGAAAAUUGUCGAUGAAGAUGAAGAAAAAAUUGAGAAUUCCAUUAAUAAAAUUUCUCCAAAAAGUGAAUCAUCUUCAAAGUGUUAUGAGAGAAGAGACAGCAUCACUGACAUGAUUAACAAUAUUAACAUUAAUAUUUCAUCAACAAUAACAACAUUUGAAAAUCUUCCCGAAACUGAUAAUUCUCUGAAAUAUAAUUUAGAUCCAACUAAUAUGAGUUUGAUUUACAGUCUCACACCAUCGGCAGAAAUAUCAUCAAAAAAAGGUCCAUCUAGUAAAAAUACUUCAAUUGAAAUGAUGGGACUUAGUCUUGGAAGUUUUGAAGAUUUUGAUCAAAUGAAUGCGAGUAGAAAUUCAAAAUACGAUUUAUUUGAUUGGCUUGAUCUUGCAUGUGUGAAAAAACAAAGAGAUGAAAUAUUAAAUACAGAAAAACAACUUUCUCUAAUACAAUCAUGUCCAAAUAUCAAUAUUUUAGAUUCAAAUGAUGAGACUUUAUCUGACAUUGAAAAUAAUUCCACUCAAGGUUCUGAUAUUUUAGAACUUCCAAGUUCCACUUAUCAUGAAAUUAAGAAAAAUGAAGAUGAAUCAUUCCGUCAUGAAUUAAAUUCAACAGUCAAUGAAAUAAUCAACGAUUUGGAAAAAACGGAAAUUUACACAAGUGCAACAAAUUUUGUCGAUGACAUAAUUUACGAUAUAACGUGUUUAAAUAUGUAUAUCGAUAUAAAAAAUUUGAAACAAGAAGCAACACUUUUGAUGCAAAAUAGAAUUUACUCAUUUCUUAUUGUUAAAGAUAUUAUCGAAAGAUUGAUCUCAACUUUACCAAGUAACGAACAAGAAGAAAUAAAUUCACAAAUUGAAAAUGAUUUACAAUCUGAAACUUUAAAGAAUUUAAUCGGAGAAAAAGAAGAGGAGAAUAUGAAUAAUUUUAUUGUUAUUCAAGAGAUUGUACAUCACAUUAUUGAUAAAUUUGAUUAUGAUAAUCCUACAGUGUGUAUUCCAAAGGAACUUAAAGAAACAGUGAAUAUUGAACUGAAAAAAUGCCCUAAUAAUAAUAAUAAUAAUAAUAAUGAAGUUGGAUUAGAGGGACUUUUGAAAAAUAUGAAAGAUGACGAUAUUUUACCUUGUGAUUGUCAUGAUUGUUUGCCAACAGAGAAUAAAGAAUCAUCCGAAACACAAAAGGAUAAAGAAUGUAUAAAACAGCUUUUGCAUCUUAUGAGCGGCAGUAAAGAUUUAAAAGUACAAGAAAAUGAUUUAAAUUGUCAAGAAAUGUCAAGUCCUUUGAAGGAGAAUUUUCCGGAAAGUGACGAUGAAGACGAUGUUUUGAACUUGAGAAAUAAAUUAAUUAUAAUGUUUGCAUCUGACAAUGAUAAAAAUACAAAAUAUCCAACUAGUACCGUAAAUUCUUCACCCUCGGGGAUUCAAUCAGUCGAGUCGGAAAAUUUCGCCGAACAGGAAGUAACUUCCGAAUCGACAGAUAACGAUACAAAAUCUGACAACAGUCGAGAGAAGGAAAUUUUAAGACUCGAUCCUUGUGCAACAAAUACAGAAUCUCAGGAAGUAUUAAAUGAUCAAGAGGUCAAUUUUCUCUGGAAUAUUAGAGAAAAUAAAAUAGAAGAGAAUUGUAAAAAUGAAAGAUUUCAAUUAUUGGAAAAAUCACCCUCAUUCAUUCAUUUUGGUGACUUGGAGGAUAAAGAAGAAAGAACUGUUUGUACUUGUUGCUUGGAAGUGAGUAUUGGUGAGGAGAUGAAUUCAAAACUUCCUCCAAUUGAAGAAUUAAAUGAAUCGACAGAAUUUGUUAAUUGUGAAGAGAAAACUUUUGAUUUAAUUUCUCCUCGUAGUGUGGAAUAUUUUACUUGUGAUGCAAGUGAAUCGUGGAAAAGUUUCGACAAACAAAUAGACACAACCAGAGAAAUGAUGGAUAAAUUAGAAGAUGCCUUUGAUGAAAAUCAAAAUGCAACAUACUCUAUUUCAGAUGUUAGCGAUAAUGAUAAAAAUUCAGAAUUUGAAUAUCAUGCCGAUGUCUCUUCAAAUGUGGAAGCACGAAAAAUUGAAGAAUCAAUGGGAGAAAAUAUAAAGGACUACUAUAAUAAUACAACUUUAAAUUUUGCUGAUGUUUCAGCGAGUACAGUGCUUUCAGAUGGAGAUCAAGAACCAGCACAAAAAAAUCCACCUGAUUACAUGACAUAUUCAUAUGACACUAAAGAAUUCAUGAAACUUGAAAAACAUCUUGAAGAACAUGACAGUACAAUUUGUUGUAAUUUUAAAAAAAGUGAAUUUUCAUUAUUAACUGAUGAUGAACCAAAAUAUGAAGAGACCAGUUUAUAUAGAGUAAUUACACAAAUGAAUCUUGCUGACACUGAUAGCUUUUCAUCAUUUAGUAUAAAUAACGAUUCUCGUGAUAUAUUAGAAUGAUUAUAAAAAUAAUAUUUAAAAACUUUUAAGCAUGUAAAUGC